AUGCAUUCAGUUAGAUCACAUAUAUUAAGAUCAUCUAAACGUUUUAUAUCCGCAUCUGCAAGAAGAUUGGCGGAUGUCGAGGUCACGGUCGAUGGAAGAAAAGUUUCCAUUGAAGCAGGAGCUACAAUUAUUCAAGCAGCUGAAUUGGCAGGUGUCACAAUUCCUCGUUAUUGUUAUCAUGAAAAAUUAGCAGUAGCUGGUAAUUGUCGUAUGUGUUUAGUUGACGUGGAAAGAAUGCCAAAAUUAAUUGCAUCUUGUGCUAUGCCUGUCCAACAAGGUAUGGUUGUUUACACUAAUUCUGAAAGAAUUCAAAAAGCCAGGGAAGGUGUUACCGAAAUGUUAUUGGAAAAUCAUCCUUUGGAUUGUCCUGUUUGUGAUCAAGGUGGGGAAUGUGAUUUACAAGAACAGACUCAAAGAUAUGGUUCUGACCGUGGUAGAUUUAAAGAAUUGGUUGGUAAAAGAGCCGUUGAAAACAAGGCCAUUGGUCCAUUAGUGAAGACUUCUAUGAACAGAUGUAUUCAUUGUACUAGAUGUGUUAGAUUCAUGAAUGAUGUUGCCGGUGCCCCAGAAUUCGGUACUGCUGGUAGAGGUAACGAUAUGCAAAUUGGUACUUAUAUCGAAAGAAAUAUCAACUCAGAAAUGUCAGGUAAUAUCAUCGAUUUAUGUCCAGUUGGUGCCUUAACCUCUAAACCAUAUGCAUUCAGAGCUAGACCUUGGGAAUUGAAGAGAACUGAAACUAUUGAUGUUAUGGAUGCUGUCGGUUCUAAUAUUAGAGUUGACUGUAGAGGUAUUGAAGUGAUGAGAGUUUUACCAAGAUUAAAUGAUGAAGUCAAUGAAGAAUGGAUCUCUGACAAAUCAAGAUUUGCCUAUGAUGGGUUAAAGAACCAACGUUUAACUACCCCAUUAGUUAGAAACGGUGACAGAUUUGAAACUGCCACUUGGGAUGAAGCAUUAUCCACCAUUGCCGCCGCUUACGCUAAGAUUAAACCACAAGGUAACGAAUUCAAAGCAAUUGCUGGUGCUUUAGUAGACGCCGAAUCUUUAGUUUCCUUGAAAGAUUUAACUAACAAAUUAGGUUCCGAAAAUGUAACCACCGAUGUUAAACAAGCUGUCAAUGCCCAUGGUUUUGACAUCAGAUCUAAUUAUAUCUUUAACUCUACCAUUGAUGGGAUUGAAGAUGCGGACCAAAUCCUUUUGGUUGGUACUAACCCAAGACACGAAGCUGCUGUCUUAAACACCAGAAUCAGAAAAGUUUGGUUAAGAUCCGACUUGGAAAUCGCUUCCGUUGGUCAAGAAUUUGACUCCACUUUUGAUGUUGAAAAAUUAGGUUCUGAUGUCAAGGCUUUAGAAGCUGCUCUUAGCGGUAAGGUUGGUCAAAGAUUAGCUGGAGCUAAGAAACCAUUGAUUGUCAUUGGUUCAGGUGUUGCUGAUUCCCAAGAUGCUGAAGCUAUUUAUAAAUUAGUUGGUGAUUUUGCUACCAAGAAUACCAACUUCAACACUGCUGAAUGGAAUGGAGUCAACUUAUUACAUCGCGAAGCUUCUAGAGUUGCGGCUUUAGAUAUUGGUUUCAACACUUUGACUGAAGACACCACUAAGCCAAAAUUCGUCUAUUUAUUAGGUGCCGAUGAAAUCAAAAACAAAGAUAUUCCAAAGGAUGCUUUCGUAGUCUAUCAAGGUCACCAUGGUGACUUGGGUGCUUCUUUUGCUGAUGUCAUCUUACCAGGUUCCGCAUAUACUGAAAAAUCAGGUACUUAUGUAAAUACUGAAGGUAGAACACAAGUAACAAGAGCUGCUACUAAUCCUCCAGCUGUUGCUCGUGAAGAUUGGAAGAUUAUCAGAGCCUUAUCCGAAUACAUGAAUGAAACUUUACCAUAUGAUGAUAUUGUUGCCGUAAGAACCAGAUUAGGUGAAAUUGCUCCACAUUUGGUAAGACAUGAUGUUAUUGAACCUGUUUCUUCAGAAAUCGCCAAGAUUGGUUUCACUGAAUUAGUGAAUAAGAAUAAAUCAGCCAAGAUCUUUGGAGAACCUUUAAAGAAUCCAAUUGAUAACUUCUACUUUACUGAUGUUAUUUCCAGAUCUUCUCCAACAAUGGCUAGAUGUAUUUCUGCCUUCGGUGCUAAGGUCGAUAAGAUUACUGAUGAUAAACCAGAUAUUAACUUUUAA